AUGCUUAAUGUAAAAGCAGAUACACCCCAUAGGAAGGCAUCGAAUUCAUGUAAGAAAAUACUAAAUGAUAUGAUAGCAUGUUAUCAAAAUACUAUUUGCUAUAAAAGGAAAAAUUCAACUUUUGAAGAAUGUUUACAUAAUCAUGACCUUAACGAGAUCGAUGAAAACUGCAUCAUUUUGAGAAAGGCUUAUGCGCAAUGUCGUCGUAAUAUACUUAAUGGAAAUUUUAAAAUGUUGGGAAACCCACUAUCAAGAUAA